CCGUCAAUCUAUCUGGGGCAGGUACUCUUCAAUCUGCCGCCAAGAACGCAAGUCAAAGAGCUUCCAGUCCAGGCAAUAAAUAACCGAGCGCAUGAGUCUCCACUACACCAAGAGUGGGGCGCUGGAUAUGCGGUACAGCAGCUCACGUGCCGCGGUCGCUUCAGGGUAUUCCGGGGGAGGUGGGGGCUACUCGAGCUACAGCGGGGGAGGAGGUAGUCGCAGCAGCGGAUCGACGUCGUCAGAUCUCCAUUAUACCAAGAGUGGUGCUCUGGACAUGCGCUACAAUAGUUCGCAUGCCGCCCUGGCCUCUGGAUUCUCUGGCAGCUCUUCCUCCUACUCGAAGCCUCGAAGCAGCAGUCGCUCCUCCGCCUCCGAACUCCACUACACCAAGAGCGGCGCGUUGGACAUGCGCUAUGCCAGUUCUCAUGCUGCAGUGGCACAAGCAGCAGCAGAUCCGUCAUCCAGACCGUCUGACAGCAACUUGCACUACACGAAGAGUGGGGCACUGGACAUGCGAUACAAGAGCUCACAGGCAGUUGCGCAGCAGCUCAACAAGAGCGCUGUGCCUCCUCCAGCGCCGUCAAGUAGUGACCUUCACUACACAAAGAGUGGGGCACUCGAUAUGCGCUAUAAAUCCUCCCGUGAGGUCGUCCAGAGGAUGGAGAAGAUGGGUCUGAACUCUGCCAAUAAUGGCACCAAAACUAAGAGCAAGAAUACUGCUAAGCCCCAACGCCGACUGGAGGGCGUUCCACGCGACUUACCCGUGACAAAGUCCGGUAUGCCAGACUUACGCACCUCCAAAGCUAAGCAGUGGGUCCAGAGCCAAGCUCAGCACUGGCAUCCAGCUGAUGCUCUACCAGAGUGGGUGCCAUGCCUUAAGGAUGGAUCUCCUGACAUGACUAAGGCCGUCUCACGCCACUUUAUCGGUGGAUCGCCAGCCUUGCUCCAACAGGAUAAACGAGACGACUACUAUGAGAACAAACUUCGUAACGAUCGCCUCUUCGAGCAGCUUUUGCAGCAACAACGACAGCAGCCAGUGGAACUGGUCUCCGAGCCAGAACCUGUUCGUGCCACAGCUCAGCUUCGUGACGCGUUCGCCAGUAUUGACGAGGAUGCCGGAGACUCCUUCAUGCCCACGAGCAACGUCACUCAACUUGACUUCACUAACGACCUCAAGAUCGACGAAGAUGCUGAGCUAUUGGGUCAAGGAGGAUUCGGGUGUGUGUACCAGGGCAUCUGGAACGAGAAGAAAGUGGCAAUCAAGAAACUGCACGCUGCCAAACUCGCCAAGAAGGAACGCAAGAUGUUCGUCCGUGAGACGCUCAUCCUCGGUAUGCUCGGAGACCAUCCAAACAUCGUCCAGCUUUAUGGAUACACGCUCAACCCUGUCAGUUUGGUGAUGGAGUAUGUAUCGAAGGGCAGUCUGAGCUAUUUGCUGCACUACUGUGAGGACGCGGAAGUCGAGGCCAAGAUGACAGACGGACGUAUCAAACUGAACAUUCUACUGGGCGUCUCGUACGGCAUGGCGCAGCUACACGAAUGCAACGUGACCCACGGUGACCUGAAGCCACAGAACGUGUUGAUCACUGAAGACUUCCACGCCAAGAUCGCAGACUUUGGGCUCGCCACGUUCCGCGCCAAAGCAGCUACUUCCACGUCCUCACAUAUGCUCAGUACAUCCAGUGACGACGGCGACGAGGCGCCUGACUUCGAGGGCAUUGCUGGAGGCACAGCAGCGUACAUGGCGCCGGAGCUGCUGAGCUCUAGCAUGAUUGCUAAUGAGAAGACAGAUGUCUACUCUUUUGGAGUGCUGAUGAACGAGGUUCUUCAUGAAGAGGAGCCGUACCAGCAGAACUUGCGUCAAUUUGUCGGCAAAGGUCCGUUUGCUGCUGUUUUGUUUGCAAAGGAGGGCAACCGUCCGCAGAUUCGCGACAAGAAGGUUACGCCAGAGUUGAAGUGGAUCAUUGAACGCUGUUGGAGUCAGAAUCCUCGUGAUCGUCCGACAUUCGACAAAAUCUCCAAGUUGCUGUCGAUCUGCACCGUACCCCACGCGUGCAAGUAGAUGGUGACCAUGGUCUCCUUUGACGUUUCUGCCACCUUUUGGCAACCUGGAUACUUUUAUGAGUGCAUGGAACUCGUUAAAGCGCCGUACAGAUCUUUCCGAUCUUGUCCGUCGGCUUGACAUGAACAGAAGCCGGUAUAGUUAAGGCUCGUACCACGAAGCCACUGCAUAGAAAGAAAAAUAAACCCCAGAAAAACAAGAUAACGAAAACCAAAUAAAAAGAUCAGCUCCUACGAGUUGGCAAAAAAAAAAAAAACUUGAA